CCCGACUGAUCCCCAGACUCCCGCCCCGACCAUUCCCGAGACUCCCGCCCCAACCGAUCCUCAGACUCCAGCCCCGACCGAUCCCCAGACCCCUUUGCCAACAGCCGCGCAAACCCCCGCCCCGCAAAACACAGAGGCGCAUAUAUCUUCCCCGACGUCGGUUGCGGGCACCGGCUCUCCAACCGAUGCGCCCGUCUCGACCCCCACGCCUGUCAAGACAACGAUCUUGGAGGACCCCACUGAAGCCGCGGACGUCAGCGGAGCAAGCUGCAUGUCGUGGCCGCAGGGGCAGAGCCACCGGCGGCUGUUGGACGCAUCGACGGUUCAGCUGUGCACCAAGGUGAUCAGCGAGUGGACUGAAGGCAUUGACGCCACCCAGAUUGCGCAGUACCAGCUGAACCUGAUCAACAAUGGGAAAGCGCCCUUAACCGGCAUCACGAUGAGCCUGACCAACUUCAAGCCGUGGUAUGACCAGUACUGGAAAUUUAACUACAACAACGACACGCAAACCGCAACUCUGCCUGGCUGGCGAGUGCCGCUUGUGAGCGGCCAGACCUUCGAGUUUGGGUACAUCCAGGCGGGGGCGAACGGGGCGACUUUCUUGAUCCAAGACGUGCAGUUUGCGGCGGUGGCAAAGAGGCGGUCCAACUAGAGCUGGGCGAAUGCAGUCGGCCGGCAAAGGAGUUGGUUAGGAUAGAGAGCUUUCGCAGAUCACUUAGUUCACCAGCAAAAUUUGUAUAUUAUGCCCAGAAAAGCAGGCAGCUGUACUAUCUAUACCAAUUGAACAUCACCUCAGUCACGUAGAACCAGUAUGUGUCAGGUUGGAGCUUUCAAGAACCUGGCCCAGAUCAUUAGAGCCAAAUUUAAUCAGCCCAGAUAAGCGUUCAGACACUUUAAAUUCAAUCACGCGUGUACCGUCAUUAGUUUUUUAUUUUAUGCCAAGCAAGGUCG